AGGAUGUCGAUGAGGCUCAAAAUGGUUGGCAACGUUCGGAGAGUACACGUGUUAAUUCAAAUAUGGCGGCGCCCUCCGAAGUAGCCCUUACUGCUGACGAGUCAGGACAAUUAUGGAAUAUUUGUAUGUGGGAUAUUAACACAGGAACAACAAUAACUACCUAUAAAGGUGGAAUGAGUAGAUCAAGAACGUUAGAUUUAAUAGGUCAAGAUUAUUUAAUAUCUGCUUCCAAGAAAGAGCCUGUUCUUCAGAUAUGGUCGUCAUCAAAAACAGAUCCGUUUAAUUUAAAAAUGAUAACUCCAGGAAAAGUAACGUGUCUUGCAGUUUGUCCAGACGGAAUGUAUUGUGUUGCCGGUAUAGAAGAUAAAUUGAAUAUUUGGCAAAUUUCCACUGGUCGUUUACUUGCUGCUUAUUCCUUUCAUUAUCAACCUAUUGCGUGUAUAAAAUUUACAGAUGAUGGAUCUUAUUUUAUUUCUGCUGGAGAAGAUGGUCUUGUUUUAGUGUGGGAUCUCAGUCAGUAAGUUUUU